GUUGAAUCAUAAGUGAUUAUAAUAUGCGAUUAGUUAAUUUAUUUUAGUAGCUUUCUUCGGUACAAAAGGGGCGGUCGGUAAAUUAUUUAGUUAGUUUGUGUUGAGCGAGGGGUCAGUGAACAGUGACAAGUGGCAUCAUGCGGUUGAUGGUGAUCAAUUGCAUAUUUCUGGCAUGGUUAGCCACAGCACUGGCGGAAGACCGACCGCGUCGUCACCUCCACCAGAUCAAAGACAUGAUCAUUAACAAGCUGUUCAGAUGCAAUGAGCCCAACUGCAUCCAGCCCGAAGCCCCUGAUGUUAAGUUCUACAGCAUUCCUGGCUUCAACGACGUUGUCAUCAAAGCUGUUCCUAAAGGAACCCUCGAACCAGCUGUCUACGAGAAAAUACCGCCUAAUUCACAUAUAGGCAUCGUCGGGUCUUAUCUGGGCACCAACACUUUAAACGAAACCUACAACGCGCUCUUAGGAGUUAAGAAUCUAUUAACAUCGGGAAUUCUGAACGGAAAAGCAGAAGUGCUAAAAGAAGUAGGUCUACUACCCUCUAAGGCUCAAUUCAUCGCUAAACCAAUAAAGCCUUGCUUAGCGCCUCCUGUCAGCCUGCCUAUUCAACCAGUUCCAGUCCUGGUACAGCCCCCAAAGGUCCCAGUUUUUCCAACCCAAUAUUCGUACAAGCAGGUAAACCAAGACGGAUCACUGACGACGUACACCAGCUCCCUUGAGUUAGGGAACGGCGUGAGAGUGACAGAGAGCGGCAAGACGCUGCCAUUCAUCAUUGAUAGAGUUAGAAAAAUUCCUGUGCGCUUACCAGUUCCAGUAUUGCCAGAAGUAUCGAAAAUUAUUGUUUCAGAAGUAGCUCAACCCGUUACUUACGCUUAUCAGCAAAUACAAGAUGGUAGAAUGACGUCUUACAUGGGAUUGUCUCCUAUAUUUAUGAAACGAGGACCAGUGGUGGUAACUGAGACAGGAAUCCCUCCGUCCCCUAUGUUUCUAAUGGACAGAAUUGAGAAAGUAGCUGCAAUCGCAUCUAAUCCUAGAGGUCCCUAUCUAAAUGUUGCACCAACACCAGUCAAAAUUAAUGCCGCAGUGGUAAAGCCUGUACCACCAGUACCUACAGGGUAUUCUUAUUCACAAAUGGACGUCAAUGGCGGAAUUACUACGCAUUUAUCAUCUGGAGCAAAUGGCGCUGUGAUAGUCACGGAUAAUGGAAUAUCCACCGCCCCAAUUAACGUUCCCAGUUUACCAGAGAAAAAUCCCUUUAGACAUCCAACUGGUCAAGGAGCGUAUUCUUUUAGCCAUUCAUAUGCCGACGGCAGAAUGAACAUUGAUGCAGGUGUUCCAGCUGAAUCGGUUAAUGUAGUUGAAUAUAAUCCUGUGCCUAUUUCUGUUUCGCCAGGUGUACCGCCUCCUCCCAGUUCAUUUUCAUACAAACAAAUUGGAGCCGGAAAAAUGACUACGUACACUGGAUCGAGUAUGUUUGAAGAACGCAGUUCGAGUCCUGCAGUCAUUGUGCAUGGAAUGCCCCACCCGAUCCCACCACCGCACAUUACCGACAGAAUAGAGAAAGUGGCCGCAGGAGCAAAAUAUAACAGACCACCUCUUCUUGCCGUUCCAGUUCCAAAUGAAUUUGUAAGCAUUCCACCAAUUCAGCCAGUGAAUGUACUGACAGCACCAGGAGCGGAUUCGUUUAACUAUAAACAUGUUCAUAGCGACGGUUCCGUUACAAGUUACGGUGGCUCUAGUUUAACCACUGAACAAGGUAAACCACAUCUACCUCCUUCUGCUAACAUGGCAAUGCCAUUCCCACAAGGCAAAGUUCGCGUAUUUGAAUCUCCGAUGUACAGUGGUCCUUUCCCCAUGAAUCCGGUAAACCUUAAUGCUGUCAAGCCUUCGACGCCUGUUUCUGGUUCAUAUUCAUACAAGAUUUCGAACAGCAGGCAGGGAAGCCAUCCUCCAGUUGGACCUGUUGAUGAGCGAGUUGUGGACACAUUCGCUCCUCCUCCGCCAUUAGCCAUGCGAGCCCCAGUCCCGGUACAAGGGUGCAUUGAUGAAGAUAGUGCUCAUCCCGCAGUACACAUUGAUAGUCCUUUUACCGUAGUAGAUCCACUUGCGCCCGUGCCACUGACUUAUUCAUACAAACAAAUCAGUCAUAGCAAUCCUAAUCCAUUCGUAGUUGUCAAUGUUGAAGAUCCCGUAAGAGAUGUAAAAAAAGUCAGCUCGAUGGAUCAAACGUCUUCUCAUCUGCCAUCUGCUUCUAUCAACGUGGUAGAACACAAGCCAACUAAAUUAAAGCCGGCACCAUUUGUACCAGCCCCAAUUAUGCCCAUGGCAACACCACAAGCAGCAAUAGAAGCAUCGCCACCUUCAUCUUUUUCUUACAAGCAAGUUACAAGUCAAGAACAUCAGCCUCAUUUACCUUCAGAGCCAACCCUCAACUUUAUGGAACACAGCAAUACUGGGCGAUCAGCUCCACCUCCAAUGAUCAACUCGCGAACGCCACAAAUUCAUGAGAACACGGUACCUUCUUCCUUCUCUUACAAGCAAGUUACAAGCCAAGAAAAUCAGCUUCUUGUGCCCACUCAGCCAACCGUUAACUUCAUGGAGCACAGACAUACUAGGCCUUCAGCUCCGAUGAUUAACUUGCAAAAGCCAGAAGUUCAAAAGGACAACGCCCCUUCUUCCUUCUCGUACAAGCAAGUAACAAACGACGGCGUAUAUGAAUACUCUGAUGAGUUUCCAAACGGCGUUAAGACUAAUCUUUCUCCAAGCGCAGUGAAUCCGCAAGAGAACCUUGGGGAUGUCCACAUCGACCAGAAGCCGUCAGCUGUGCCAAUGCCUUCGAGUCCUAUGUCUACCCCAACAAACGUUAUGCCAAGCCCAACAAUCGCUACGCCAAAUCCCACAAUUCCAAUGCCAGUGCGAUCAAACCCUAUGCCAUUUUCACCUGGGCCGACUUUCAACAGCCAGGAUACCUUAGCCAACAACCCGAUUAUAAUACCAGAUUCCACUCCCGGUUCGACUUUCUCGUUCAAGUCAAGCAAUCCUGAUGGGUCAACUAUAACACUUAAGGAUGACGGGCACAACAGCAUAGCUGUGCAGCUUGAGAACGCGACCAGGACUGAAGCAGUAAGUCAAGAACCAACAAUGUCGGGAAUAGACAACUAUCCACCUGGAACGCAAGUGUUGCAAGAAGCUACGCCUGCACCUGCAGUAGAGGAAGGUCCUGUGUCAGGCCAUGCCAAACCGAUUCGGAGACGCAUUGUUAGAAAAAAGAAACCUGUUGUACAUAGAGGAGACAUUCCUGAGGGCGAGUGAUUAGAAUGAUAAGGUGUUUUAUUUGUAAUGUGAUCUUCGUUUAAAUUAAAUCAUAUUUAUUUUA